UGUGGAACAUGUGAAUGACCUCUGACCCUGGUCCACUGCCCACCCCAAUACCUGGAGCUCCAGUGGCCAGUCCAGUCCCUUCCACUCACCAGUAUACACCUACCUGUUUUGUCUUUGUGAUGUUCCAUGCAUGAUCCAUAUUUGUUCAUCAUAAGACUAGUCAACAAUGCCAAGUAAGAUAAACAGCCCUAUUUCUGCUGAUGAUGCUCAAAGAAUAAAGAAGAAUUGGGGAUUUUUAAACAGAAAUCUCGACCAAAAUUCAAUAAGGGGUGAUUUCAUGGAUGAAGAUGUAUGGGAUUUGCCCGACUUCCAUGAAAUAGAUGCGGAGAAAACACCUCAAAAACGAAAUGAAGUUUUCUUGAAAUUACUUUUGAGAUCUGGACCAAGGGCGUAUAAGAUAUUUAUUGCAGCAUUGAAAGAGCAGAGUUUAGAUUAUAUUGUACAAAAGCUUGAAAGUACAAAGAUCAUACAAUACACAGAGACUACAAUGCAAAGUCAGAUUGACCAACCUAUUUCUGCUGAAGAUGCACAACGAAUAGAAAAGAAUAUGAGUUUUCUAACUCAACAACUCGCUCAAGACGAAAUAAGGGAUAAUUUUAUAGAGCAACUAAUAUGGGAUGUGCCGCACUUCGAAGAAAUAGAUGGUGAAAAUACACCUCAAAAAAGGAAUGAAGUUUUUUUAAAAUUACUUUUGAGAUCUGGACCAAAGGCGUAUGAGAUAUUUAUUGCAGCAUUGAAAAAUCACAAUUCGAAUCAUAUUGUAAAAGAGCUUGUGAGUACGAAGAUCACACAAAACAAUCAGGCAGUAUUAGAUCAUUUUGCAAGUUUGACAGACGACCGGAAAACCCACGUUCUGGUGAACACAGACCUGCUUAAAUUCAACAAAGUUGUGGGUAGUGGUAUUGAAAUAUUCGGAAAAGCCUUACAAUUAAAACAAGCCGACAUUGAUGGGAUUCGAAUGGUAAAUCCAUUGUCGGUGCCCACCCAAGUCCACCAGAUAAUUCAGAUGUGGAAGAACAAAAAUGGUAAAUUGGCAACCUUAGGACGUUUUACAAAGAGUUUGAUGGAUGCAGAGGCUGCAGGGGCUAGGAUUUAUUGGGAUGAUUUUUAUAAAGGUGUGAAAGAAGUGACUUCUUCAAAAUCAUGAAGCAAUAAAAUGGUGAUAAACAAGCACGAGUGCAGGGUAACAUAUAUGCUCCAACUAUUUUUAUUAUUGCAUUGAAAAACAAUUUUGUUCCUGUUUGAAACCACCUUCAAAUUUGCUUCAGUUCAAAAGAUCUAGUACGUUGUGUUUGAAAGUUGAAUAAAAUUAGAAAAAAAGUUGCUGAUGAAUGAGAAAUAAUUCUUUUUAUCUUUUAUGGGAAGAUCAUUACAGUCGGGCAUUCAAUCACGAUUAAAUUAAUCAUUAUGAUUGAAUUAAUCAUGUUCUGACUGUACUCCCCAUUAAAGUUGAAGAGUUAUUUCUUGUUACUUAUAUUUUUUCAAUAUUAAAAUGUAAAACUUGAAUUUAAUACACAGACAAAGAGUGAAAAAACACUGAAAAAUGUCAAUAUUUCCCUUGAACGAUUUUGUUAAAAUGCAUGCAUUAUCAUUUCAUUUUCUUUAUUUAUAAGUCUCAUAAUGCAGCGGUGUGUGCAUAACAACUGAAUAACAAUUAAGUGUUGUCUGCAAAUGUGAAUUAUACAUAAAAAUUACUGUAAUAUCAUAUGGGUAAUUUCAAAUUAGUUGAAGAGCCACUGUAACAGCCACAAGCGUGAUCUUUGAUUUUCGCUUUUGACGUUGCACUUAACAGCGUUCAACGUUUGUGGCAUCACCAUUUUUGGGAGUUGAUUUUUAAUUAACUCUUCUAUGCAGUUACUCUGGCAAACCGAAACUGAAACAGUGUUUGGACCUUAUCACAUAUCAUCACCGCUGACAAGACCUAGUUCUUGAAAAUAAUCGUUUUAUUUGACGUAAUGUAUGUUGAAGCAUUUUUUUUAUUAAAACUUAUUUAGGAUUACCUUAAAAAUAGUCAGAUUUUAAAAAGUACGAACAAUUUAGAUAUUUUUUGCAGUUGUAUGUAUUCCUACGCCGCAGUUCAAAAAAGUCUCGUUUAAUCAUCGGCUGUCUCCGUAAAUCCCCGACAAGCAGAGAUUCAGUCUAUAUUUAGAGGUCGCGUCAUCGAGCUAUCACGCGACCUGGUGUUGGCAGAGAGUACCUCUUGCUUGUCGGAGAUCUGGUUGAACGAAACUAGUGUUAAGAGUUUGUUAUUGCAUAGAUCCAUGCAAUUUUUGAAAUAUUUCGAUUACUGAUACAUACUUUGCUGGAAUAAAUUCUAUUUUUUAAUAUUACACAACAUGAUUCAUAAAGGGUUUUUCCGAAAUUCUUGUCGGAAAAGUCUGAUAAUUCAUAUUAUAAAAGUGUGCGUAAUUCAAGUACAGCUUAUAAACUACUUGCCAAGCAAAAUAACAUAUCGUUGAUUUUAAAAUAAAUAAUAAUCGAUAAAAUCAACUCCCGUUAGUACUUAAGUACUUUGAUUCUUCAUCUUUUCAGUAGAUUUUACAAGUUGUUACAUGUAAAUAGUAUGGAUUUCAACUAGAAACUGCAACGAGGGGAGUGGGGGGUGUGUGCAAUGAAAAUAAAAUUGGUCGUGGACUUUGUGUUUUAAAAACUAAUCAAGUCACUGACUAUUGUAACUUUAAACAAGUAUUCCUUUUAAAGGAAUGAUCGGCAAUGGUGAUAUAUUGAUAGCUAGAAGCAAUCAACAUGAUCAGUUUGUUGUAAAAUAAUUAAAAAAGUACUGUUUUUUUUUUUUUUACAAAAUAUAGAAUAUUUUGGAUUUGUACACCAUAAUUUCAUCAUUAUAAACCGUCAGCAAAUUUAAUUUUAAAAUAAAUUUGGGGAAAGCCGUUCGUAA